GACGCUGGCCCUCCAGGACCGAGUUUGGGCACCCCUGCAAUAAACCCAUUCUUACCGACUUUCUUACCGGUUCUCACUUUGGAACAGACAGACAAACUAAGCGGAUGUCAUCACUCCCUCCAGAAGCAAGCAUUGUUCCAUCACCAACAAAUGCUGUCACUGUUCUCCGCGCGAGCUUAGACGUGAAGUUGCAGAAGUGAACAGCUUUCUGUGCAUAUGCGAACCCUGCAACCUGUCCAAACUCUUGGACUGGAUUGAGACUGGUAAAUUAAAGCGUGUAGACAUCUGUACUCAAUUUAAGUAAGGCUUCUUCAUACAACCUGAGCGGUUGAAUGUGCUGAUGUCCUCUUUGAAUAGUAAGGAUGGAAACUCAGUAACUGUGGAAGACCUGGCUGCUGGUAUUCAGGCCUGGAGCAGAAAGCAUCAGGAAAAUGAAGAACAGCAAUCAAACCCAGGUUAUUGGAAUGCAGACUGUGAGAAAAGGAUUGGGUCGAGACAUUAUCUUCCAAUACAUGGAGAGGAGAAAGAUGACCAGGAGGGCAUGCAGGAUGUGGCCACCAAGACCUCUUGCCCCUCUUCUCUAAAUGUGGCCCUAUGGGCAGAGAAGUGGAUAAUUUCAGGAGACUUCGUUUCAGAGAAUACCUGAAAUCACUGGAGCAAUGCCAACGACAAGCGCUUAAUGUGAGCCAGGCCACACUACAGAAAGUCCUGUUGCACCCUGGUGACAUGAGCAUGUCUAGCAUCUUCAAAUUGGGAGGGAAAGGUCACUUCGGGACACCCAAAACACAUCAAGCUGAAGGUGGAGCACAUAAGGGCCACAAAGAGAUGAAGAAGCAGCCGGUUUGCUGGGCGGAAACGAAUGCUUUCUGGCCUGGAAGGGAAGAUCAUGUGCGCUUGUUCCUGCCUGUAAUGACAAGCUCUCCUGCAAUGAUUUUAUUUCAGCGUAUCCAAACUACUGUUUUGCCAAGUCCUGGCCACUGGCUUGUAAAUCAUUUAAGAUACUCAACCUCUGGAGACAUAGAAGCUCGCAAAAUGUACACCCUCUAGAAUAUCUUUUACCGUAUUGAAUGUCUGUAUUAAAUGGGAUAUUGUUGUUCUGACUUUCUAAAAAGCGAAUUUCUACCAUUAGUUUGCGUGCAACGUUGAAGUAAUAUGUGCGCUGAUAUUUUUAGCUGCACAGGCUUUGUUUUGUCACUCAACAUAUUCUCAUCUGUGACAGAGUGAACUAAAGCAGCCAUGUUUGAUUUAAUAAAUAUUAUAUUAUAUUAUUAUAAAAAUUUCUCACAAUACUUUUUUUUUACAGUAUGAAGUGUGAAUGUACAAAUAGCUUGUGUGUGUUGUGUGAAUAGAGCCCUGUUUUCUGUGUUCCUGAUACCAGGGUAUUUGCAUUAGGAAGUAUAAAGCAGAGUGAUUUGUUUGAUGAUAUAGAUCAGGACAUCUGUGAAUUGAGAAAACAGAAAGAGCACACUGUAGCAGAGAGGCAGCAAAGAUAGAGGACGAAGAGAUGUCACGAAUUUUGAGUUCACUUCUGUCGACUCGUGAGAACGGUCUUCUCUUCAGUUUACUAAGCCAUGACUGUAGUGUUUUAGCAUGUGGUAUUGUCGAGCUGGUAAUAGCAGCCCCUCCACAGAAAAAGGAGUGGAAAAGUCACAGUUUUGGAGUUUUAUGUCUGAUGCAAGAUAAAUCUGUACAUUCAACAUUCAUGAGACUCUACUGUCUUAAGAAAGCCAAGCUGCAAUGGGAACAGGAGCUGUAUACACCAUUUGGGUACUCAGAAACUUGUCCUUAUUUCCACACCUUCCCUGGUGAUGAGUGUCAGAUAGGAAUAAACUUUGCGGAUGAAGAUGAAGCCAAGCAGUUCUACAUUGCUGUGCAGAAGCUGAUCAGUGACAACAAAGCAUCUCACUCGGGACUUACACGCAGAUACAGUGUGGGGGCUGUUUCUGACUGGAAAGAAAAACUUGACAAUUGUCUUAGAGGAAAUGAAGUGCACAAGAGGUUUUCCCUUAGAAGUGCAUCCAGAGUUCCACACUGUCUUGAUUCAGAUGCAGCAUUUCCAGAGAACAAACCAACAGUUGCUAGCACAAUGUCCAGCCAAUCACAUGACUCAUCACAGACUCUCUCCAGUGUUAAUGAAGAGUCUAUGUCGCUCGCCCAGAGGAAAGGGCCCCUCCCACCUAUUCCCAUUCAUGCCAGAAUAGCCACGUUGAAGUUGAAUCCCAAUGCUAGCAUGCAAAACUUUGACUCCACUAUUCCCAAACCACCAUGGGUGCCACCCCCUCCAUCUUACCAGGCCCCUGCAGCCCCUCCAAGUUCAGCUAUUAAAGAUCCAUACUCUGCUGGAAUGAAGCAAAAUUUUCAUUAUAAUGCUGGCAUUGGGGAUGAAUCUGGCUAUGAUGACUACCUUUAAAACUUCCAUCCUUUCCAUCAGAUGGGACUUUAUGACUGAGCAACAGCAGGAUGUGGUCAUGUUACCCCACACAAACACUUCCACAUGGAAUAUAUAUUUCUUUAUUAACUAGCAUAUAUCAUAGGAAUUUCGGCAGAACAACUAUAGACUUUUUAAAAGAAUGUUUAAUGAUGUAAUCAAAACUAAUAAAAACAUAAC